AUGGACGUGCUGUCGCUUGAAGUGCUGUCCGAGUGCACGUUCUUUCCUCAGGACUACGUGCAGCAAUACAAGCGGCAAGUGAACGAGCUCAUGGGGCGCAUGGAAAAGCUACUGGAAGAGCAAGAGGCGUUCGAGACGGACGGGGACGAGACGAUCGAGCUCGAGGGCAGCGACGUGCAAGUCAUUGUCGUGCCCAGUCAGACGGUGUGGCAGAAUCUUUGCGCGCUCGAGGAACUCCGCAAAGAUGUCGAUGCAACGCUCGAGCUGUACCAGCUGAAGGUGCAGGAGAGCGUAGCGCUCGUACGGGCCAAUUCAGUACUGGAAAGGACGCCGAGCAGCUCUUCGAUCGUCUUCUCAGACGACUGCAGCUCUUCAGACGACGUGGACGAUGUACAGGAGACCGAUUUUGAUGAUGUCGUGCCGGUGAAGAGCCGAAAAGCUGCGGAAGCGCUGAAUAACGACGUGACUCAGAGGGUGCAGAACGCACUGAAGAACAAGGAGGAGUUUGAGCGAUUUAAGGCGAUCGCACUCGAGUUUGGGAUGGGCAACCAGUCGGUCGAUACCUUCUACAACUACUUGGCACAACACAUCCCGCCACCGAUAUUGGACUCGAUUGCCGUGGACUUUGCUCGGCUGCUACCGCAAGCAGCCCAGAGAGUACCGCUGUUAAAGGCGCAUUAUGAACACAUGCAACGAAACUUGGUGAGACCGAGCAUCGCCUCGUUUCGCAAUAAGAGCUACAGCAUAGCGGAAACGUCGCAAUCCUCGGCUUCUUCCAGCGUUGACGAAGGUGGCUCAAGCGACGAAGAAGAUGAAGAGUACCCUUCUACGAUUCGACUUCGGUCGUUCAACCACCUUGUUUUCGUUAUCCACGGUAUCGGACAGCAUAUCGACUUUCGUGAUGGCGAGUUUAAGUCAUGGAACGAACAGACAGGGAUAGAAGGUGGCAACCAUGCCUUUCGCGACAUUUUCCGUGGAAUGCUCGAAAGCACGUUUAAAGAUAUACCGAUGGCCCUUGAAAUGCAGUCGAUCGAAUGGCAUGAAGAUCUUCACGAGCCUACGGGCUUGGACAACAUUUUCGAUCUGAUCUCCCCCGAAGGAGCGUCGGCCAUUCGCGAGUUCAACAAAGAGACCUUCAUGGAUGUGCUUUACUAUUUGUCGCCACGGUAUGGACAGCUCAUCGUGGAUUCGGUCACCCAACAGCUUAACGAAAAGUACCGUGUCUUCAUGAACGAACACCCGAACUGGGACGGCAAAGUAUCGAUAUUCGCUCACUCGCUCGGCUCAAUGAUUUCGUACGAUAUUCUGACACACAAGCCGGGUGAAGUCGCCAGUAAUGGCGUCUGUUUUCCCGGUCUUGAAUUCGAGGUCGACAACUUUUUUGGAGUCGGGUCUCCAGUAGGAGUAAUGAUACUGGCUAGAGGGGAUCUCAACAUUGACGAGGGUAAGUUCACGCCUGGGAUCAAGCUUCCACAUUGCAGACGAUAUUUCAAUGUUUAUCACCCGAUCGACCCGGUCGCGUAUCGUAUUGAACCACUGAUUAUGCAAGAAAUGCACGACAAGGAACCAGUGCAGUUAUUGCAGUACAGUGCUGUAAAAGACCAAGCGUUCGGUCAGUUGCAAGAGAUAUGGGAGGGUUUGACAAGCCCAGUUCAUGGGUUUCCGUAUCGCCAUGACUAUGUAAUGCGACGCCGAAAACAUGAACAGGGUGUGAUGGAAGUAGCAUUUGCGGCUGCCUCCCACUCAUCUUACUGGAUGAGCGACGACGUCGUCCUGUUCACUCUCAUGCAGAUGUGUCAGCCGGUGGUUGAUAUCCUGCAUCGGUACAUGAGUGCCCGGGUUCCUCUGCCAAAACUUACGAGGAGUACCGUGGAGCUCACGCCGCACGCCAAGAUACUAUUGUCUGCGACAGCUCUCGUGCGCGAUCGAUGCACGGGUCUAUCGCGUGAGCAAAUUGUUUUAAUCGAUAAGGAUCGACUUUUCUUUCUGCCACGGCUCAACGAAGUUGCCUGUCGUCAAAAAUGGCAACUUGAGUUGACCGCAUCAACUGAAGUUGUGUGUGGUGAAGACUCAUUCAUGAUGAAGAUUGUUUCGGGCGGAUCGUCUGGUACAGCAUGUGCAACCACUGCUCCACCAGCCGCAAGCAACGGUACCCUCUUUAACGAACACAUUUUUAAGGCCCCGUCGACGCCGGCUCGUGAUGCGUGGAUGGAGGCAAUAAAUUCAAUGACUGCUAAAGUUGUUGCUGAUACGUUUGAUGGCAAGGCAUCUCGAGAUGCUAUAAACCUUGUCGACGUCCCAGCUGGAAAAAGCAUUGAUUACUUUAACGCAAUCAAGGCUGGAUUCAUAAAAGAGAAAACCGCCAACGGAUGGUAUGAUUCGUGGAAUGACCGAUGGCUCGUGCUGCAAGAAGGUCGUCUAUCUUGUUAUGAAAACUCACCGAGGCUUGACGUUGCUGAGCAGUUCCCACUACGAAAGACAAAAGCGUUUUGUUACGAGCGUGAAUAUCUAAUCCGAGUGGUCGCUCGUCGCGGAGCCGCAUGUGAAAUGCGAGCGCAGAACCAAGAGUCGUUUGAUAAGUGGGUGGAAGUGCUUGAAAGGAUUCCCACGGUGAAAAUUGUCCAUCACAAAGACUUGCUAGAGAACAGUCCGUCGUCGGUACUGAUCAUGAAUGAAAGCUCGAAGGGGGACUUCGGUGGCCAAAGUGCAGGCAAAGCGGGCGAAUGGCUGAAGACGAAGAUCGAGGGAUACAAAAUGAUGCUGGAUGAAAACGACCAAGAGUAUGUUGCUUUCGUUGUCCAAGUUGCAUCAUCAACUGCAGGCACCAGCGUCGUUCACCGGCGGUACUCCGAGUUCGCGAAUUUGCACCGCCAGCUGCGCAAAAUGUUCCCGCACGAACAGAUUCCCGCAUUACCUGGCACACGCAUGUGGAACAAGUUUGAGCCGAACUAUUUGAAGCACAAAGCCAUUGGGCUGCACGGCUACCUCAACGAAGUAUGCAAGCGGUGUGCUAACACACGAGCACAGCCGCUCUUUCUAGAGUUUUUGGAGCUUGCACAACCGAUUGCUCCAGGACCGAAGACGCUGUCGGAAGAAGAGAAUGCAGAAACAAGGUAG